AUGGACUCUGAGCCCAUGUCCUUAAGCUUUCUCUCUCCCCUUCAGGAGCUCUCAGGCCUGUUCACCACAAUCUCCUCCUUGUUUGGCCACACCAGGCAGCAUGGGGGAUCUUUGUUCCCUGACCAGGAAUUGAACCCAUGCUCCCUGCAGUGGAAGCCAAGGAAGUCCCCUUCUUUGAAAACUCUUCCAGAGGAGCCAGCUAAAAGCAACAGUCCCACCUCACAAGAAUCUGAAUUCAAGCUCUUUAUUUGGGAGGGAACCCAGGAGGAGCCUAUAGAAAGAGAUCGAAGUGGGAAGAGAAGGAGGCCGAGAAGGCAGGGAUGGCUAAACCCAGCACACCUGCUGGCACCUGGCACUCUGUCCCCUGUCGGAAGCAUAUCUGAGAUUUUUCCUGCCCAGGAGCCAGGAGAGCUGGGCAGGAUCCACCACCCUGCUGGUCACUGGGGAAGUAGUGGCCAUUCACUCCAGCCAGCGCCCCCUGCAGGCACCUCUGAGGCAGGGCCAGGCUUGCAGUUGUUCAGUGGCUAA